AUGACACUCGCGGAUGCGGAGGCGGUGUUGGAAGAUUUGAAGACGCGGGACGUGGUCUUGGCUCGGGCGAAAGAGGAAGCGACGACUCGCGAGGCGCUGCUCGCGAAAUUUCAAGCCGAAGCCGAGUCGAGCACGCGGAAGCUGCGGGAUCACGACGAGGCGCACGCGCUGUUGACGGCGGAGAUCGAUGAUUUACGCGAUGCUUUGGCGAAGACUAGGGCUGAGUCGAACGCCCUGGCCGAGGAAACGACCGCGCUGAGCGAGGCUCUGGAGAGCGCCAAGGCGGAGGCGCUAGAGUGGAAGCGCGCGGCGGAUGUGUUGAAACGCAUGCAAGGUGGCGAAGCCACCGCGGGGGAUGCGAGAUCUGGAGAUAAAAUGCUUGUUCUUGAGCUUGAGUGCGCGCUCGAGGCGUUGACGACGACACGUGCCGAGUUGGAGGAUGUCAGCGCUCGUCUUGCGGCGACGACGCGCAGGGCGGAUCUCGCGGAGAAGCGCGAGGCAGUUGCUGCUGCUGCUCUCGAGGCGAGUGAAUCUCGCGCCAAACGCGCUGCCGUGCGCGGCACGUCCACAGGCAACACGAUGAACAGAGAAGCCAAAGAGCGGCUUGAUCGUGCGGAGGUUCGCGUGGCGCAGCUGCAGCGACGAUUGGAUCAAAUUGAUGGCGAACAUGUUGCGGAAAUGCAGACGUUACAGAAGGAACAUGAGCGAAUCUGUUUGCAUCUCAAGAUGAAUCGCCUUUCACAGGGUGAUGCGACGGAGCUCAUGCGUCUGGAAAUCGAGGACGUCAAGCGUGAGUCCACCGCGCGCGCCGUUAAGGAGCGAGACGCGUACUGGCGAGGUGUUUUGGAGGACGUCGAGCGCGCGCGCGAGGCGGCAGUCGCAGAGCUCAAGCGAAAAAUGGAGGGCGAGCUCGUGUCUAAGAAUACGCAGUUACAAAGAUUUCGGCACGAUCUAGUUCAAAUGUUGAAAGAGACCGCAUAG